CAGGCCAGGCUGGGUUGGGAUCAGCUUCGUCUUGCUUUCCGCGGUCCGGUCUUUUUGCGGAUUCAUCCUGCGGUCUUUCCACCAAGAACACGAGGAUUUCGUGCAGGGUUGGAAUCUCCAGUCCUCUAACUCUUACCCUUUCCCUUCCGCCCCCUCCUCGAGAUCGAGCAAUUCGAAGAAGACAUGCGUCUCACUCUCGAGUUCGGUGGUGGCCUUGAGCUUCUUUGCAACUCUGUAAAGAUCCAUCACGUCGAUGUCGACCUUAAGACGGGAGAAGAUAAGUUAUCCAUGAGGGACCUACUGACUUGGAUUAAGUCCAAUUUGAUCAAGGAAAGGCCGGAGAUGUUUGUGAAAGGAGAUUCUGUGAGACCGGGCAUUCUAGCACUUAUAAAUGACUGUGACUGGGAACUGUGUGGUAGUCUCGAUGCGGUGGUGGAAGAGAAGGAUAUGGUAGUAUUUAUAUCUACCUUGCAUGGUGGUUAGUAUCUGUUUGAAGAGUGAUGUAAUGCUCAUGUUAGCCUGAGCUAUGAUGAGGUUGGGAGGUUUUCACAGCAGUAUUGUACUGGAUUUGACUAUUUAAUAGAGUUACAAAUUUGAGAUCA